UGGCAGGGGGAGUCGUCUUUUCCGUUCGCGAGUCUCCACGCUGUCAAUAACGCAGCGCACCCGAGCCAAGCACCAUCACUCAAGGUCUCUUGAUUGCGGGGACUCCUGGACGCCGAGGAACGUCGUUCCUGUGUGCUGCUCCCGCCGCGGCCAUCGCCACGACUGCUGAGCCGUGUGACGAAUGGUGGCAGGAGUGAUGGCUGGGCUUGCACGGAGGCAACGUGAGCUCCACGUGUUGCACCUGUAACAUGGCCGUCUAAGCAGCAGUCCAGGUCGGCGUGGUGAAGGCGGCGGCGGUGCUGGGACACGGCGUUGCGCCCUCACAACUGAGCCGGGGUGGCCUUCAUCAUCGACGUCGCUGAGAGAGAGAGGAUCUCCCGACCUGGACACAGCAGCCAUGGAGGCCAGCAACCGCUCUCCAGAGCCGGCGCUCAAGUACGAGCAGACUCUGAUGUAUGGGAGGUACACGCAGGAGCUGGGAGAAUUCGCAAAGAAGGAGGCGGCACGGAUCCGCGUGAACGACGCCCGGCGUGACAAGCGGCAGCUGCGGACGCGACAUAGCAAGGAGCACGACACGCCACGAUGGAGACGUUCCGUGUGCAGAUCCCAGCUACGGAAGUGCCUCGUAUCGCGCAUCGGCGAGGACUGGAUCUUCCUGCUGCUUCUCGGCCUUGUCAUGGCGCUAGUCAGCUGGGUCAUGGACUUUGCCAUCUCUAAGAGUCUACAGGCUCACAUCUGGAUGUUCCGGCAGCUUGACAACAACUUGAUGCUGCAGUAUCUGGCGUGGGUCACCUACCCCGUGGUGCUCAUCACCUUCUCUGCCGGAUUCUGCCAGAUCGUCUCGCCGCAGGCUGUUGGCUCCGGGAUCCCUGAGAUGAAGACGAUCCUGCGGGGUGUGGUGCUCAAGGAGUACCUCACUCUCAAGACGUUUGUGGCCAAGGUGGUCGGCCUCUCCUGCUCCCUGGGCAGCAACAUGCCGCUCGGCAAGGAGGGCCCCUUUGUUCAUGUCGCCAGCGUGUGCGCCACGCUGCUCAGUAAAUUCAUGUCGUUUUUCGGCGGCAUCUACCAGAACGAGUCGCGGCACAUUGAGAUGCUGGCGGCCGCCUGCGCCGUGGGCGUUGGCUGCAGCUUUGCCGCCCCUGUCGGAGGUGUGCUCUUCAGCAUCGAAGUGACAUCCACCUACUUCGCCGUGAGGAAUUACUGGCGCGGCUUCUUCGCCGCCACCAUCAGCGCGUUCAUCUUCCGCGUGCUGGCCGUGUGGAACAACGACGCCGAGACCAUCACUGCGCUCUUCAAGACCAACUUCAGGAUCGACUUUCCAUUCGACCUGCAGGAGCUGCCGGCCUUCGUGGUGAUCGGGAUCUCGUGUGGUCUGGUCGGCGCGCUCUUCGUUUACUUCAACCGUAGGAUCGUCCUCUUCUUCCGAAGGAACAAGGCCAUCAACAAGUUCUUCAUGAAAAAGCGCCUGCUCUUCCCGGCCACCGUCACGUUCAUCAUCGCCACACUCACCUUCCCACCUGGGUUCGGACAGUUCAUGGCAGGAGAACUGACGCAGAGGGAGAUCAUCAACACGCUGUUCGACAACCGCACGUGGGUGAAGGAGGGCGUCGCGCACGAGUUCGACCUCCUGGACAAUGCUAGCCACUGGAAGCACCCGAACGCCAAUGUCUUCAUCAUUCUUUUUGUCUUCAUCAUCAUGAAGUUUUGGAUGAGUGCCCUGGCAACCACGAUGCCUGUGCCGUGUGGAUCAUUCAUGCCCGUGUUUGUCAUCGGAGCUGCCUUCGGCCGCCUCGUCGGGGAAACCAUGGCUUCCUGGUUUCCGGACGGAAUCCACUCCGAGGACAAGGUCUACCACAUUGUACCAGGCGGCUACGCCGUCGUAGGAGCGGCGGCGCUCACGGGCGCUGUGACACACACCGUGUCCACGUCAGUGAUCGUGUUCGAGCUCACGGGGCAGAUCUCGCACAUCCUGCCAGUGCUCAUCGCUGUCAUCCUCGCCAAUGCCGUGGCGCAGGCGCUGCAGCCCUCACUCUACGACAGCGUCAUCCUUAUCAAGAAACUGCCGUACCUGCCCGAUCUGGGCUGGGGGAACACAGAGACGUACAACAUCUUUGUGGAGGACAUCAUGGUGCGCGACGUGUGCUUCAUCUCGUACGUGUGCAAGUACCGCGACCUCAAGGAGCUGCUGUGCAGCUCCAGCCUCAAGUCCUUCCCACUUGUUGACUCGUCUGACUCGAUGAUCCUGCUGGGUUCGGUGGAGCGCAGCGAGCUGCAGGUGCUGCUGGACCGGCAGGCCGGCCGUGAGCGCAGGCUGCAGCAUUUGGAGCGUCACUCCCUCGCACCCACCACUACUGCCGCCGCCUCCGCCAGCACUGCCCCCAACAAAGCACUCAACGGCGCUGUGCUGAGCACCAACGAUGAUGGCAAGACCCUGCAGAGCACGAAUGGGAAACCGCUCAAAUCGGCGAUGAAGCAGACGCCCAACACACUUUCAGCACAGGCCUUGGAGAGGAGGGCAGGGCAGGAGAGCCCACGAGUGGCUCUAAACACCAUCUUCUGCUCGAGUCCCAGUGAGGAUGAGACCGAGGCAGAGAGCUCCACCAAAUGUGAGACCCUCGAAAGCCGAAAACAAAAACGGGUCAAAAUAUAUGUCGUGGAGGAGCCAGAAGUGGAUUCCAUGACUGAGAUGGAGGUGGAGGAGUGGGAGGAGCAGCAGUUGGACGAGAUGGUGGAGUUUGACUUCUGCAGGAUCGACCCAUCCCCAUUCCAGCUCGUGGAGCGCACGUCGCUGCACAAGACCCACACACUCUUCUCUCUGCUGGGUCUCAGCCGAGCGUACGUGACCAGCAUUGGCAAGCUCGUGGGCGUCGUUGCCCUUCCGGAGCUGCAGAAGGCAAUUGAGGGCUCGGUAGUGACGGGGAAGGGCCUGCGCCUGCACCCGCCACUCGCCAUGUUCCGUCGGGCCAGUACCAGCAUGAGCGGCGAUCCCGAGGCCACCGACAACCACCGGCUGUGGGAACGGCGACCGAGCUGCGCCGUGCACAUCGACUCCCCGCUCACCGAAACCGAUGAGCAGUCUGUGUGAGGGCUGGGCCUGGGAUGCAGGGAGAGCGCCGCUGUGGUGCAGAGAGAGUGGGGUCAGGCACCAGCACACUCCACAUGGAGCCUUCAGUGGGGCCGCGGGCCAUUGUAGACAUGAAGUCGUGUGCAGCCCCACCACGGCAGGAUGUCUGGAGCCAUCGCCGCACACCUGGAAGGCACUUUAAAUUCUGCAGACUACCCCCUCGAUUCUGGGGCAAUGGCUGGAGAUUGACGCUCGCAAGAUUUUUUUUUUUAUAACAAGAGAAAAGCGGUGCUCGUAACUCAAUUCGUCCUCUGCGUGGGAGAAUCACCGACCAUCCUGGAGGCCCGGCUGGGCAUGGUCGGGUGUUUUCUGAAUCCGGUGUGGCCCAGGAAGACGCCACCGUUUUCGUCGCUCGGCUUCUGACCUCGUGUGCAAUGGCCGACUCAGUGGCACCCAGCCUCGAACACUCUGCACUCCAUAGGCGUGCAAUAUGGCGCCCGUGCGCCCACUCAAUUCCUUCCAACCAAUACUAAAAACAUUAAAAAGAGUAACAUCAGCAGUAAUAUCAGUAACCCGCACAUGUAAAUGAAACUUGCGUUUUGUACAACCCUUUCCCCUCCUCUACGGCCAGCGUCGUUGCCUGUCAUGGGCCUUUUCCGUGGUGCCCUGGUCCCCACGAAGCGUGUAGCUUCCUCCUCCUCCCCCCCCGUAUCUAUGUUUCUGCGACGUUGUAAGUCGUGUUUGUCGCAUUCAGGGUCUGUCUCGUGUUGGGAUCAGACUGAGAGAUGGGGAGGCAACACCCCAACACCACGUCAUGCAGGCAGCGGCUGCCAGCGCCGGCUAUGAAUGUUAACCACUGACAAGGACUACUCGAAUAACUCAGGGUCAAAAUAGUUUCUCAGAGGCGUCAAUGCUGGAUACUGCACUGUUUAACCAUAUCUUAUGUUACGUCGUAUUGUACUACAUGGAAUAUUGCAUUGUAUGAUAAUAUCAAGCACUUUUUAAUUGUAAGCGUAUCAUUUUGUAAUCAUGGAACCUCUGACUACAAAUGUUGUUGGGAUCAGUUUUCACGUCA